AAUAAUCGAUAAUUUCUUUCAGAGCUCGUCAGAGCUCAUCUAAAGAAUAGGUGUGUGACUGCAGGAAUACAGUCUUCAAUUUUUGAAGUUUUUAGAUUAAAACUGUAUUUCUACUAAUUAUGGAGCCCUAUGACAUGAUUGUCAAUCAACCUGUGGUAAUCGACAAUGGUUCUGGUGUUAUCAAGGCCGGUUUCGCAGGUGACCAAUUACCAAAAUGCAGGUUUUCAAAUUAUAUUGGAAGACCAAAACAUGUACGUGUUAUGGCUGGAGCUUUGGAAGGAGAUCUUUUUGUGGGUCCAAUAGCAGAAGAACAUCGUGGUCUGUUAUCUAUACGUUAUCCAAUGGAACAUGGUGUUGUCACAGAUUGGAAUGAUAUGGAAAGAAUCUGGACUUAUGUUUAUAGUAAAGAUCAGUUAGCAACUUGUUGUGAAGAACACCCAGUUUUAUUAACAGAGGCACCACUUAAUCCUAGAAAAAAUCGUGAAAAAGCUGCAGAAAUAUUUUUUGAAUCAUUUAAUGCCCCGGCUCUAUUUGUCUCUAUGCAAGCUGUACUUAGUUUAUAUGCCACAGGAAGAACUACGGGAGUAGUUUUAGAUGCUGGAGAUGGUGUAACGCAUGCAGUACCUAUUUAUGAAGGUUUUGCUAUGCCUCACAGUAUAAUGAGGGUAGACAUAGCAGGUCGAGAUGUUACAAGACAUUUACGAUUAUUGCUACGUAAGGAGGGUAUUAAUUUUAAAACCACAGCCGAAUUUGAAAUUGUUAGAACAAUUAAAGAACGAUCUUGCUACUUAGCAAGUAAUCCACAAAAGGAGGAAACUAUUGAAACUGAGAAAUUUCAAUACGUUUUACCAGAUGGAAGUCAUUUAGAGAUUGGUCCAGCCAGAUUUAGAGCUCCUGAAGUGCUCUUUAGACCAGAUCUGAUUGGAGAAGAGUGUGAAGGAAUUCACGAAGUACUAAUGUUCUCAAUUCAAAAAUCAGAUUUGGAUUUGAGAAAAGUAUUGUUACAAAAUAUUGUAUUAUCUGGAGGAUCCACACUGUUUCGUGGUUUUGGUGAUAGACUAUUGUCAGAAAUUCGUAAAAUGGCAUCAAAGGAUAUUAAGAUCAGGAUAUCAGCUCCCCAAGAACGUCUAUACAGUACUUGGAUUGGAGGAUCUAUUUUGGCCUCUUUAGAUACAUUUAAGAAAAUGUGGGUUAGUAAAAGAGAGUAUGAUGAAGAUGGUAUUAGAGCAAUUCAUCGUAAAACAUUCUGAACAUAAUUUAGAAAACUUACAGGUAAUAUAUGAAAUAAUUUUAAGUAAAAUACAAAUAAUGGCACACUCGAAACAAACAAACAUAUUUAUCAUGUUAUUCAUACUUUCACAAACUUUUGUUGUCCUUGUUUUUUCUUUUCACACAAUUUGUGUGCAAAAUAUAUUUCAAGGGAUUAAGAAAUACAUAUGAGUAUAAGUAUGGUAGACAAGAUAAAAACAGGUUUUUUUAAAUGCUUAAUACAUCUUAUGUGAAACAUGAGUUUUUAAUAAUGUAUUCUCAAAGAGAAAUCACAUCAUCUUAAUGUCAAAAUAAUAUUUUCUGAUCCCUUAGAAAUGUAAAUAAAGCCAUGUUUGGCCACACAUGAUUAUAAAAAGAUAUUAAAUAACAUUUAUUUUAAAUGUUAUGUUUCAAUUUUGAUAACUUAUAUAUUUAUGUUUUCUAUUAUACUUUUUGUCACUAGUUUUUUCAAUGCAGUAGUAAAAAAAGUGCUUUAACUGAUCUAUUUCGUAUGAGAUCAACUUAUGUAUUUUCAUGUGCAGUAAAAGUUUUGCAGUAAAAUAUUUGUAAAUAUGUAUGCUUUCAUAAAAUAAAUCUACAGUCUUUACAAAUACA